UGCUAUUAGGGCAAUGGCAGGAGGGGACAAAAAUAUCGCACGAUCUGGCUCUGGCUGUACUGCUUGCGAAGUUCAUUUUUCAAUAGAUCAAAAAGCUAAAUUAUUAAUUAAGCAAUCAUGUCCAACAUUAAUUUACCAGAAAUUCCAGCAUCUAUGAAAAAUAUUCAACAUUAUUUGAAAAUUGCAUCAGAGCAUGAUAGACGGGAUCCAAUAAUUAGUUAUUGGGCUCGAUUUUAUGCGGCGCAAACUGCGAUAAAUCAGUCAAAUAAAAGGCCAGAUGAAACAAAUUUUUUGAUAAAGCUUAUGACAUGGUUAGAAAAUACCAAAAAAGAGUUACAUGAUAAUGACAGCAUCACUAAUGAUGUUGCAGCACAAGCUUAUUUAGAAAAUUAUGCUUUAAAGAUUUUCACGUAUGCUGAUAAACUUGACAGGGCUUCUAAUUUUUCAAAAAAUUUGGUCCUAAGUUUUUACACAGCUGGAUUUCUGUAUGAUAUCUUGACAACUUUCGGAGAAUUGAGUGAAGAAUCGAGUCAAAACAGAAAAUAUGCGAAAUGGAAAGCAGCUUACAUUCAUAACUGUCUAAAAAAUGGAGAAACACCGAUUCCCGGUCCAAUCGAUCAAAAAGAAGGCAAUGAUUCUACAAAUUAUAAACCAGAAUCAGAUAACGAAGCAACAUCUAACAACAAUAAUUUCGAUCUUCCUUCGGUUUCAAAUGAUCAGAGCCCUAACACGAAUCCUGCGGACUCAGGGUCAGGUAAUAUCCCAUUGGAUCACAAUUCACAAUCAUCAGAUGAUACUUCUAUAGCUGCUUCUAGUAUUAAAUCAUCAGGUGGGAGACAAAAUGUUAGCCUGAAUGCUGAUCAAAUCCUCAAAGCGCAAAAAUACAUUAAAUGGGCUGGGAGUGCUAUAAAUUACGAUGAUAUAUCAACAGCUGUUGAAAAUCUUCAGAAAGCAUUAUGUCUUCUAACAACAGGGAAAGAUGGCUGAACUAUAUAUGAAAGAAAAUUCGUGAUUAGAUGCGUCUGUAUAUUUUUUAAUGUUAAUGUAAUACAAUAAAAUGGAUCAAAUA